GACGCGCAGCGGCGGGCGACGGAGGCGUGCUGCGGUCGCGCCCACUGCCCUCCCGCGAGCUCGCUCGCCCCCGACGUCAGGACGAUGGAGUGAAGCGCGGCCCGCGGUGGCACUUCCGCGUUGCGCCGCCGGAGCCCGAGGCCGCCGCCGCCGCCGCCGCCGCCGCCUGGCGCGGCCGGCUUUUCUGCUGCCGAGGACAGGAUCCUCCCGCGUCUGGCCCGGAGGCCGCUGCGCACACACCGCGACUGGACCCGGGGACGCGCGUCCCGACCCGGAUUAUCGUGGCGCGGCUCCCGGCCGGCCCUGCUGCUCGCUGCCCCCUCCGCCGCCGCUGCCGUCCCCCUACCCGGCGGGGGACAUGGCCAGGGUCUGACCCCGGAGGAGGCCGCACCCGCGCCGCACUCUGCGGCGGGCUCUAGGCGAUGCCGAGCAGCUCGGACACGGCGCUGGGGGGAGGCGGGGGCCUGAGCUGGGCCGAGAAGAAGUUGGAGGAGCGCCGCAAGCGGAGGCGAUUCCUGUCCCCUCAGCAGCCGCCGCUGCUGUUGCCGCUCCUGCAGCCGCAGCUCCUGCAACCGCCGCCGCCCCCGCCGCCUCUGCUCUUCCUGGCUGCCCCCGGCGCGGCCGCCGCCGCAGCCGCCGCCGCCGCGGCCUCCUCCUCCUGCUUCAGCCCGGGCCCCCCUCUGGAGGUCAAGCGGCUGGCGAGAGGCAAGAGGCGCCCGGGAGGGCGGCAGAAGCGGCGUCGCGGGCCCCGCGCCGGGCAGGAGGCGGAGAAGCGCCGGGUCUUCUCGCUGCCCCAGCCGCAGCAGGACGGCGGUGGCGGUGCCAGUAGCGGCGGGGGUGUGACCCCGCUGGUGGAGUACGAGGAUGUGAGCUCCCAGUCCGAGCAGGGGCUGCUGCUGGGGGGCGCCAGCGCGGCAACGGCGGCGACGGCUGCCGGGGGAACGGGGGGCAACGGCGGGAGUCCGGCCUCCUCCUCCGGCACGCAGCGGCGCGCGGAGGGGUCGGAGCGCAGGCCGCGCCGGGACCGCCGCAGCAGCAGUGGCCGCAGCAAGGAGCGCCACCGCGAGCACCGGCGGCGGGACGGGACGCGUAGCGGCAGCGAAGCCUCCAAGGCCCGCGGCCGCCACGGACACAGUGGCGAGGAGCGGACCGAGGCUGCCAAGAGCGGCAGCAGCAGCAGCAGCGGCGGCCGCCGCAAGAGCGCCUCCGCUACGUCUAGCAGCAGCAGCAGUCGCAAGGACCGGGACCUCAAGGCCCAUCGCAGCCGGACUAAGUCGUCCAAGGAGCCGCCCUCGGCCUACAAGGAGCCGCCCAAGGCCUACCGGGAGGACAAGAGCGAGCCCAAGGCCUACAGGCGGCGGCAGCGGUCCCUGAGCCCUCUGGGAGGCAGGGACGAAAGCCCGGUGUCCCACAGGGCCUCGCAGAGCCUCCGGAGCCGCAAGUCUCCCAGCCCGGUGGGAGGUGGCAGCAGCCCUUAUUCCCGGAGGCUGCCGCGCUCUCCGAGUCCCUACAGCCGGCGCCGUUCGCCCAGCUACAGCCGCCACAGCUCCUACGAGCGGGGCGGCGACGUGUCCCCAAGCCCGUACAGCAGCAGCAGCUGGCGGCGCUCGCGCAGCCCCUACAGCCCAGUGCUCAGACGGUCUGCCAAAUCUCGAAGCAGAAGCCCAUAUUCAUCUAGGCACUCAAGGUCUCGUAGCAGGCACAGGUUGUCGAGAUCCAGGAGUCGCCACUCAAGCAUUUCUCCUAGUACACUAACUCUCAAGAGUAGCCUGGCAGCUGAACUCAACAAGAAUAAAAAGGCACGAGCUGCAGAGGCAGCAAGAGCUGCAGAGGCAGCAAAGGCUGCAGAAGCAGCUAAGGCUGCUGAGGCAGCUGCCAAAGCUGCGAAAGCCUCAAAUGCAUCUACCCCUACUAAGGGGAGCACAGAAACUGGUGCCAGUGCCUCACAGACAAACCACGUGAAGGAUGUGAAGAAACUGAAAACUGAACAUGCACCUUCUCCCUCAAGUGCUGGGACUGCCAAAAGUGACAAAGUAAAGACAAAGCCACCCCUUCAAGUAACAAAGGUAGACAAUAACUUGAUUGUAGAUAAAGCCUCCAAGAAAACAGUUGUUGGGAAGGAAAGUAAAGCUGCUGCUACAAAGGAAGAACCAGUAUCUACUAAUAAAGAGAAAACUAAGCCACUCACGCCAAGUGUAGGCGCUAAGGAGAAGGAGCAACAUGUGGCUUUAGUGACCUCUACAUUACCCCCAUUACCUUUGCCUCCCAUGCUGCCUGAAGAUAAAGAUACUGAUAGCUUAAGAGGCAAUAUUUCUGUAAAGGCAGUUAAAAAAGAAGUAGAAAAGAAACUCCGAUGUCUGCUUGCUGAUUUACCGUUGCCCCCCGAGUUACCAGGAGGAGAUGAUCUUUCUAAGAGUCCGGAGGAGAAGAAAACAGCAGCACAGUUACACAGUAAAAGAAGGCCUAAAAUAUGUGGGCCUCGCUAUGGUGAAAUCAAAGAAAAAGAUAUUGACUGGGGAAAACGCUGCGUGGAUAAAUUUGAUAUCAUCGGAAUUAUUGGAGAAGGUACUUACGGACAAGUUUACAAAGCCAGGGACAAAGACACUGGAGAAAUGGUAGCCUUAAAAAAAGUACGUCUGGAUAAUGAAAAGGAGGGCUUCCCAAUUACAGCAAUUAGAGAAAUUAAAAUUCUUCGGCAACUCACCCACCAGAGUAUCAUCAAUAUGAAGGAAAUAGUGACUGAUAAAGAAGAUGCUUUGGAUUUUAAGAAGGACAAAGGGCCUGAAACAUGCUCUUUUGAUGCACUCUCUGGGUUUUCGUCUAUGAGCACUAUUAACGGUGCAUUUUACCUGGUAUUUGAAUAUAUGGACCAUGAUCUGAUGGGACUACUGGAGUCAGGCUUGGUUCAUUUUAAUGAAAAUCAUAUAAAAUCUUUUAUGAGACAGCUUAUGGAAGGCCUGGAUUAUUGUCAUAAGAAGAACUUUUUGCAUAGAGAUAUUAAAUGUUCAAAUAUCCUUCUAAAUAAUAGAGGACAAAUAAAGCUUGCAGAUUUUGGACUUGCUCGUUUAUAUAGCUCAGAAGAAAGUCGCCCAUAUACUAACAAGGUCAUUACUUUGUGGUACCGUCCACCUGAACUGCUCUUGGGAGAAGAACGAUAUACACCAGCUAUUGAUGUAUGGAGCUGUGGAUGUAUCCUUGGUGAACUCUUCACUAAAAAGCCUAUAUUUCAAGCAAACCAGGAACUCGCACAGCUGGAGCUAAUAAGCCGUAUAUGUGGGAGUCCUUGUCCUGCAGUGUGGCCUGAUGUAAUCAAACUGCCAUAUUUCAACACCAUGAAACCAAAGAAGCAAUAUCGGCGAAAGUUAAGAGAAGAAUUUGUUUUUAUCCCUGCAGCUGCGCUCGACUUAUUUGAUUACAUGCUUGCCUUGGAUCCCAGUAAGCGGUGCACUGCUGAGCAGGCUCUUCAGUGUGAGUUUCUACGAGAUGUGGAACCCUCCAAAAUGCCUCCACCAGACCUUCCUUUGUGGCAAGAUUGUCAUGAAUUAUGGAGUAAAAAGCGAAGAAGACAGAAACAGAUGGGCAUGACUGAUGAUCUUUCCACAAUCAAAGCCCCCAGAAAGGACCUGUCUCUGGGCUUAGAUGACAGUAGAACUAAUACACCCCAGGGUGUGCUGCCUCCUGCACAAUUGAAAUCUCAAAGCAACUCAAGUGUAGCACCUGUAAUAACAGGCCCUGGACAGCCGUUAAACCACAAUGAAUUGGCAAUUCUUCUAAACCUACUACAAUCUAAAUCAAGUGUUAAUAUGGCUGAUUUUGUCCAAGUGUUGAACAUUAAGGUAAACUCUGAGACUCAACAGCAGCUAAAUAAAAUAAACCUUCCUGCUGGAAUUUUGGCAACAGGUGAAAAACAGACAGAUCCAUCAACACCACAACAGGAGUCUUCAAAAUCAUUGGGAGGAAUUCAGCCUUCACAGACCAUCCAGCCUAAAGUGGAAACUGAUGCUGCCCAGGCUGCUGUGCAGAGUGCAUUUGCAGUUCUCUUGACUCAGUUAAUAAAGGCUCAGCAGUCAAAACAGAAAGAUGUCAUGCUAGAAGAGCGGGAAAAUGGAUCGGGACAUGAAGCUCCUUUACAACUCAGGCCACCUCCAGAACCCAGCACUCCGGGAUCUGGGCAAGAUGACCUCAUCCAGCACCAGGACAGGAGGAUCAUGGAGUUGACACCAGAACCAGACCGGCCUCGGAUUCUGCCCCCUGAUCAACGACCUCCUGAACCUCCUGAACCACCACCAGUCACUGAUGAGGACCUGGAUUAUCGGACAGAAAACCAGCAUGUACCCACCACUAGUUCUUCACUAACCGACCCUCAUGCUGGAGUGAAGGCAGCCCUCUUACAGCUGCUUGCUCAGCAUCAGCCCCAGGAAGAUCCCAAAAGAGAAGGUGGUAUUGAUUAUCCCACAGGAGACACGUAUGUGCCCACUUCAGACUAUAAGGACAACUUUGGAUCUGCUUUCUCUGCCGCUCCUUAUGUUAGCAGUGAUGGUCUAGGAAGUAGCUCUGCUGCUCCACCGUUGGAACCACGUAGUUUCAUUGGAAACUCAGAUAUUCAGUCUUUGGAGAACUACAGUACUGCUUCAUCUCACACUGGUGGCCCACCUCAAGCUUCUGCCUUUUCCGAGUCAUUUCCCAGUUCAGUAGCUGGAUAUGGAGACAUUUACCUCAAUGCUGGUCCCAUGUUGUUUAGUGGAGACAAGGACCAUAGAUUUGAAUAUAGCCAUGGUCCUAUAGCAGUCCUCACAAACAGCAGUGACCCUCCCACAGGGCCAGAGAGUACUCAUCCCUUGCCAGCAAAGAUGCACAGCUAUAACUAUGGUGGUAACUUACAGGAGAAUCCAGGUGGCCCUGGCCUCAUGCAUGGGCAGACCUGGACUUCUCCCGCCCAAGGACCUGGAUACUCACAAGGAUACAGAGGACACAUUAGCACAUCAGCUGGCAGAGGGCGAGGCAGAGGGUUACCAUACUGAGUAUCUUGUUUUUCCUCAGGCACAUCAUUUUUAUCUGGAAAGACUUUUCUAGCUGCAAUUUCAGGCAGCAAUCCAAGAGACUUGAAUAAUAUUAAUUCAACAACAGCUUUAUUUUUAUGUGGAAAAGGGUCUUGCAUACAAUAGUGAAAAACAAAAACAAAAAAAAAACUUCGCUUAAUUUCAUGCUGUUCUUAAAACUAGCUCUAUUGAUUGUACAUCGUCACAGAUUUUAGUUAACAGUUUUAUUUUUUAUUCUUGCAGUUUUAAGUGGAUGCUAACAUUAGGGACAUAAUGUUUUUAUGGCCCCGUUGCAGAUCUUCUGAACUAUGCACACUUGUGCUUUUUUUUUGUAAGUUUGGACCAACUUUUAUGUAACAACCAACCCUUUCCCUCACCCUUCCAGUUUUACAACAAUCAGAAAGGGCACUGAUUUAUUUGGUAUUUUCUUUUUACAAAGCUACCUUUAGUCAAAGGUCACUGUCAGUCUUUGCACCUGCUUUCAGUGUUAUUGUGAAAGGUGUACUUUGUGCUCAUUUCAGAAAAUAAAACACAACCUUUCUCUUGAUGCAACAGUUUUAUAUAAAAAAUGGUCAACAUUAUUUUUGUUUUGUUUUUCAGGUUACCAUAACCCAGCAAAAUUCAUUCAAAUGAAAUAGUGGUUUUUAUAUGAAAACUAUGGGCAGGGUGGGAGGGGUUGAGUAAGUGCCUUAACUGGUAAGCUUAAGGACUGAGGAUGAAGUUAGCCUGUACACCCACUUGUCUUUUAAGGGAGUCUGCAUUGUGUUGAAGAGGCAGGAAGCUCUCAAUUUUUAGGUGUUGCCUGGCCAGUUCUGUUAAGUCCAUUCCCUCUGCCUGUCACACUGUCCUUUUCUGCCUGUCUUUCGCCUGUGUUAACUUUCACUGUUACCUUCUCUUGGUAGAGGUAUAAGAGAAAAGAAAGGGAGAACGCAGUACCUUCUGUUACUUCUGAGAAGUACUAAAAACAUUAUCACUUAAGUGUUUGAAAGUAAUAGCUGACUGAAUUUUAGAGUACUCUCUUCUUUCUGGCUGCCAUGCUGACCCAGUUUCUACUUGGAGGAUAGGAUUUUUGAAGCAAGUAUGUAAUAAUGAUUUGCAUAAUAAAUGUAUUAAAGUUAACAGAAGGAGGGUGGCAAACACCAUAUCUUAAGUUAUGUCAUUAUUUUUAAAAGUCAACUUAAGUAGAAAUAUGUCCUAGAUUUAAUUUAGUAAAACAAACAAACAAAAAACUCAGAACUUUGUGAAAUUUACUGUAACUCCUGCCAGAUUAGAGCAGUGCUACUAGGUUGUUUUAAUGUUUUUUUUCUUUUAUUAAACUCAACCAAGAAAGAAUAACUGUAAUGUUGUCAAGUCUCACUAUGCUUUACAUUCACACAUGAACACAAAAUUAUAUUUCUAGAAAGGAACCAAAGGUAAAUAACCAGCAUCUCCCUUAUCACUAAUAGAGACUUAGAAACUCUGGGAAGUUGAGUGUGCCAGUUGACAAUUUUAACUGUUCUAGUCACUUUUUAAUUGGAAUCUUCAAUAGAGAAAACUGUUAUAUGACAAGCCAGUUUAACCUCAUGUCCUGUAUCUAUUUGUGACCCUGCAUUUCAAAACAUGAUUCAGGAACCAGUAAGAAUAUUUUAAAGAAGGUAAUUUUCACUUUAUGCCUAUAACAUGAGUUUUUAGUUGACCGUUUUAUUUUUGAUGGUAUUAUUUUUGUUGGUGUAACAAAAUUAAUGGAAGAAAAAAGAUUUUGCUUUUGAGUAUUGGGUACUAAUAAAACAUUAGAGGAAGUGAAGAAAUGUUUUGAAAUUUAGCAAAAUAGAGUAUCCAAGUUCUGAAAUUUCAAUAUGGUCUUAGCACUUCAGACUUGACUAUAAGGGAUAGCAUCUAAAACUAUUAUUUGUCACACAUGACACUUCUGCUGGCCACAAGCAGCUAACCUAAAGUGGAACUAUUUAUGUGACAUGACUAGCCUGUGUUUUAAAAAUUAAAUAUUUUAUAUAAAAUUGA